CCGAACACCUCACCACCACGCACCACGCACCACCAGCCACAAGUCAACUGUACAGGUCUACCGCCGCAAAUAAAGCCCGGCAAAUGUGCUUCCACCCCGCUCCCACCAUGUCUAGGCACAACACCCGUGUUCCCGGGCUACGAUGCUCCCAAGCGGCACCUUCGAGACCUCGGGAGCAGCUGGAGAAGCUACCCACGCCGGCAGUGCGGACAUAGCACAAAGCUCCCAGACUCAGGAGAGAAUCAAAUCAGCACCCCGGCCGAGGACUCUGGUGUAAACCGGGAUCGCGGAGCCCCACACCCUGGAAAGGAGAGAGGGCCUGCAUAUUGAAAGUCGCAGCUGUGCUUUCUCGAUUUCCAAGUUUUGCAAAAGCACAAGAUACCUCUCACAUCAAUUCCCAUGCCCCUUCGCGCAAAGAUUCUACCCGGCAAACUCCCGACAAUGGCAGAGCUCAAUGGGACCAAGCCGCAGACUGGCAUCAAAGUGAUCAUCGUCGGAGCGGGUUUCGGCGGUCUCACAGCGGCCAUUGAAUGCAAACGGCAAGGCCAUUCUCCAGUCAUUUAUGAGGCUUUCCCCGAGCUCAAGCUGCUGGGCGAUAUCAUCUCUUUUGGACCCAAUGCAGGCCGCAUCUUCUACCGGUGGUCCAAUGGCGAGAUUGUGAAGAAAAUGCGAGAUGUGUCCAUUGAUCUGUCAAGCUACGGGUUCAAUAUCCACAAGUGGGACACGGGCGAGAUUGUGAUCAAUCAGAAGACUGCGGCCAAAGAUCCAACGGCGCCGAACUUCAAUGGCCACAGAGGCGAAUUGCAUGAGAUUGUUUUCAACUACGCAAAAGAGCUGGGCAUUCCCAUUCACCUUGGGCACCGUGUAGAGAAUUACUGGGAGACUGAAGAGGCUGCGGGGAUUGUGCUGGAAGAUGGGACGAAGAUUGAGGGCGAUGUCGUCGUAGGAAGCGACGGCGUGAGAAGCAAGGCGCGUACCCUCGUCCUCGGAUAUGAAGAUAAGCCCAAGUCUUCCGGCUACGCUGUUUGGAGGGCAUGGUUCUCGAACAAGGAUAUGAUUGCGGAUCCGGAGACAAAACACUUCUGUGAGAACGGAGACACCUUUAACGGGUGGAUUGGACCGGAUGUACAUUUCCUCUUCUCCACCCUGAAAAACGGCUCCGACUGCUGCUGGGUCCUGACACACCGCGAUGAAGCCGAUAUCGCCGAGUCCUGGUCUUUCCCAGGCUACCUCAAAGACGUGUACAAGGUCCUUGAGGGAUGGGACCCAAUGUGCAAGAAGAUUGUUUCCAAGACGCCAGAAUCCGUCCUCGUGGACUGGAAACUCGUCUAUCGCGACCCCUUGCCUACGUGGGUUUCUGGCUACGGCAGUGCUCCAGGGCACGGGCGGAUAUGUCUUCUCGGUGAUGCUGCACAUCCUUUCCUACCAACGAGUGCACAGGGAGCAACGCAGGCAUUGGAAGAUGGAGUUACAUUGGCUGUGGUGCUGCGGAGGGCAGGCAAGAAGAACAUCAGAGGCGCAUUGCGAGCAUAUCAGGAAAUCCGUUAUGACCGCGUCCGCAAAGUGCAGAAGACCGGGGAAACGACGCGAGAUCUGUGGCACAAAACCGACUGGGAAAAGGUCAAGAAGAACCCGGAGAGUAUACAAAUGCCGAGGGAGGAGUGGAUCUUUGGAUUUGAUGCAGAGAAGCAUGCGGAGGAGGUGGCUGACGACCUCAUCGCAAAGGUUUCCGCUUCGUAGACCUCGGAAUGAGGAUCGGAAGUUCGGAAUUGGAGACAGUAGGACGGACGGACUUAAGCCCCACCACCAGGAUGUGGGGUACCAGGUAGAGUAAUAGAGUAAUUCCCGUGUCCACGUUUAGGUCUUCCAUCAGGGCACAGGUGAUUGGUUUCUUAAUAUGC